GACGUUUGGUCAGCUUCUUUCAGGUAUAAAUAUAAUUAAGAUAACAAAAAGUAUAGUUGUCCUAUAUAUAAAUCUAGGUCUUACAUUUUAAAUUUAGGGCUUCGCAAAGUUAUUUUGAGAGAAGUUUUGACUCUGCCUUGUUCUGCUUAUAAAACAAUUGACUGUAGAAACCAAUAGCUGCAUGAUUUACAUUUAAAUUCUCUUGAUGAGCUCUAAUCGUUGUUUCCCCUAUUUCAGUACCUAUUUUAAAAGUUCGUGAAAAGUUGAAGCUAUCUUACUAUCUUGUAUACGAUUAGACGCAAAAUUAAAAGCUUAUGAGCUGAGGAGAACCAGAAUUGUAUAAUCUAUUAGUGUUCUAAACACUCUUUGUUACUUUUUUCACUCUUUUUAACAAUUGUAAACUUUAGCCAAAAUGACAAUAUAUAAUUAAGUUUCCGUCGACAUAAUAUAUAUAGUAUUUAUACUUGGCUUCAUUAUUGAUGAAGACUUGUGAGCUUGGAUGUCUCGUUAUGAUAUUAUUACUUCUUUUUUUUUUUCUCUGAAAUAAUUUUCUAUCGCUAGAAAAAAUCAAAAAAGGAGUUGGGCAUUGAGGUGUGAACAAAGGCAGCCAAAAGUUUGAAAGGGAUAGAAAUAUAUUUUAAUGAUCUGUUUCUACAUCUACUGUAGAAAUGAUUGACAGUUCAUUGUUAUUUUACCAAAAUAGCCCUAACUUCUCUUUUGGACACAUGAAAGAGCUUUCCAUCGGACUAUUGUAAACAAGAAACUAUUGUAAACAAAACACAAUUAUUCGAGAAAAAUUAGAUCAUAUAACCAUAAAAUAAUAUUGACAAAUUAACCUACGAUACACUGCGUAUCAUCGAAUAUUAGAUAAAAAUUGCUUUCUAUAUUACUCGAUACUUUAAACUGCAAAAUUUCUUAGGAAUACAUCGAUGUUAGCCGCAAGUAACACCAAUGUGAAACUUAAGAAAAAGAAAACUGAAACAUCAGAUAUGAUGUACAGCCGCCUAAACAAAGCAAUUAAUUGGUACGAAAUAGGAAAGUUGAUACAUAAUGCUAUUUCUAUUUGCGAGGCGGUGUUGCGACAAAGAUUAGCGGCAACAUUGAUGUUGGUGUUAAUGAAGCUACUAGAACUUGAGGUGAAACAUGUAUGUCAGUAGUUAAUGAUUUGAUAAUUUAAUAAGUGAAAGUGAAAGUGAAAGUGAAAAUGAGAUUCAGAACUUGAGAAGAUGAUCAAUUUUAUUUAUUUAUUACUCCAUCUGUUCCUUAAAGAUACAUAUUAUAAAAAAAAAAUUAUUUCUAAAAAAAUUAUUUUUUAUAUUUUCAAUGCAUAUUUUAUUAACUAAAUGCAAAUUUCAAAAAUCUUAAUUGCACUAAUUAGUUUUUUAUUGAUUUAAAAUUAUGAAAAGAAGAUAAACACAAAAAAAUAUGUAAAAUUAAUGUGUUUUAUUAAAAUGUGUGAAAAAACUAGAAUAUAGAUCUUUUAGAAAUAUAUGUAGUAUAUUUUAUUAUAGAUAUAUUGUUUCUUUCUAACAAAUAGAAUAGAAAUCAUAUAUUUCAUAGUAAUAGUGACAGUUACAUACAAUUGAUAUGAAAUGUUUGGUUUAUAGUUUGAUUUUUAAAUCUAGUUCGAACAAUAUUUUUCUCAUAGUUUUUUUUUUUAAACAAGUUUCAUUUCAUAACUUUAGAGUUGAUACAUUAGGAGAGAGUUUGUUUGGCCAUAUAUUUAGCUCUAUCAUUAGCUGAUCUAAGAAUAUACUUAAACUGAAUAAAGAUAAACAUAGAGGAAAGGAGAUAAAUGUCGUUAAGAAUUCUUGGGAUCUCUAGGUUUCUUCCCCUCGAAUUUACCAGUUUUAUGAGAAUUUGUGAGUCGGAAAAGAUACAUAGAGCGGUAAUCCUACGGCUGAGGGCAGAGAUCAUGGCAGUGCACAUCACCAAAAUUUACGUAAUAAAGGGCGACGCCACAAAGGGAAAGGUCGCUGAAUGAGAGGUUGUUGCUCCCGCAUCAUCGAUGACCCAACCAUAGCAUGCGCAUUUCUCUUAUAGUUUUUUAUGUUUUUUAUCAACGAUUACUAUGUAAUAAUUAUUCUCGUACAUAAAAAUUUAAGAAGAUAAUAUAGUGUGAGAUACCAAGUGUAAAAAGCGAGAAAGUCAAACUUAGAAUCGACAACAAAUCAGCAAUUGCUCUAAUUAAGAAUAAACCAAUUUUCUUAUAGUCAAUAUAAUCUAUUUAAACAAACUGAGUGACAUCUUGAUCAAAGCAUCUAUCUUUGUGAUAAUGCCCUUAAAGACCAUUGCUUGAUCAGCAAAAAAAUGUGUUCACGGUACGUAAUGAAGGUUCUUGAUCGUUUCCAAAUUGUGGAGAUAGCGCACUCUUUUGAUCGUCAUGGAUUUUUGUUAUCUGGCUUUUACACAUGUAAUACAUACUUUCUUAAGAUUCAAUCAUAUGCUCUGGAAUGAUUUAUAACUAAAAUUUGAUGUCAUAAAGUAAAAAUUCAAGUCAUGUAUCUGAUCUCUUUCAAUGAUCAAGCUAUGAACGUAAGAAAACAAUUUAAUGCAGUAUGUGAGUUUAAUAAAAGUCUAAACAAACACUACACAUCUUUUUGCUGCACAGUGUACGCUGUAAAGUUUUGUUUCUCUCUUCCUCAGACGAUUUGGUUUGUCCGAAAACAAAUUCAUCAAAUCUUUGAUAAACUGGUUUGGAUCCAUUGGAUGGUAGGAGAUAUGGCAGAUCAUGCUAUUUUUAAUGCCUUUUUUUUUGAACAAACUAUUUUUAAUGCCUUUAUACACACGUUUCCUUUACUCUAUAAUGUCAAACUGUUUUAAAUUUAUAUUUUCACUUAAUUAGCAAAAUUUCUUUGUUAUUCUCGGAAGGUAGGUGUUCUGUGUUGUAGUCGUUCAAAAAAAAAAGGUGUUCUGUGUUGUGUUUGAUUACAUCUACUCCACAAAGUUAAAGCUAAAAGAAUUGGAGACUUAAUGUUCAAAAAAAAAUCGGAGACUGAUUAGCAGAUCAAUUAUAUCUAUCUUAUUAAAAUUCAAGUACAAAUUAGGUUUGUUUGGAAACAUAGCAAUGUUUUAAAACAUAGAUCGUAGUUUUAAAGAAAAAAGUUUGUUUGAAAACAUGAAUUGCAGUUUUAAAAAGAAGGUUUGUAUGGAAACAUAUAUUGUAGUUUUAAAAAAUAUGUUUAUUUGAAAACAUGGAUAGUUGUAUAUUAAGAAAAAAAAAGUAAUGGAUUUAUAUUUUUAAGAAAAUUUGGAAGUCCAUUAUAUUAUGAGAAACUCUCUAUCUGGUCCUAAUUGGGUUCGGUUCAGGUCUGUUUAGAUUUCGGAUUUCCGGGGUCAAAGAUUUCAGCCUCAUUCGAAUAUUUCUAAAUUUCAGUUCAGGUUCGCUUCGGAUUUUUGCGGGUUCCGUUCGAGUUCGGAUAACCCAUUUAAAUUACCUUAUUUUAAAAUUCAUUAUAUAUUUGUAUACUUUAAAUUUCUCAAAAACUAUAAAAAAUAAUAUAUUAAAUAUAAAUUUGAAUAACAUAUGUCAGAAUACCUAAACUUAACAUAUAAAUUAUUUUAGUUCAAAUAUUUGGAUAGAGAAUCAAUAAUUAUUUUAAGUUUUUUGGUAUUUUAAGUAUACUUUUAAUAUUUUAUAUAUUUACUAUUGAUUAUUUGUACAUAUUUUCAAGUAUUUAAACCAGCUUAAAAGUAUCAUAUAUAUUUUAGAUGUUUUUAUAUAUAUUAAAUCUAAAAAUAAUUAAUAUAUAUAAGUAUAUUAAUCUAUUUUGGAUACAUUUGCGUAUCCGGAAUACUUUGGUUUGUUUCGGUUCUCGAAAAACCAAAAUUUUGAAUAAUUCGGAUAUUUAAUCAAUUUUGGUUUGGGUUUGAUACUACUUUUUCGGAUCGAGAUCGAGAUCGGUUCGGUUCUUCAGAUUCGGAUAUUUUUCCUAGUCCUUAGAUUAUUGACAUGAAAAAAUAAUAUAAGCAUAUUUUUGAAAAAUACAUCCGCGCGCCCGCGCGGAUCAAAGUUUAGUGUAUAUUUAUUUUAGACAAAUUACUCAAAAAUGAUUGUUCAGUUUAUUUGAGGAAAAUAGAUUUGCGGAUCAUUAAUCUACUAAUAAAAACAGUACUUUGUUCUAUUUCAUUUAGUCAAUUACUAAUUGCUCUCGAAAAAUAAAACACAACGGUACCUUUUCUGUUAUUUCCUUUUUCUUUAGGAUUUGUUUUUGUGUAAAUUGAAAAAAGGAAAAUAAAAGAAGAAACUUGGGACCGAAGACAUUCAGUUACUGAUCUUAUGACAUAUACGCGUUAGUAGCUUUAUUAUAUUUGUCGAAACUUCACCAAAGCUAUUAUUACCAGCUCUCAGAUUUCCCCUAAGCUCUCAUCUUUCUAUUGCAAUGGCGGGGCCAGAGUUGUACUUCGAGAAGUUUCUGGGAAAAGGCUCUUUCGGUUCUGUGAGUCUCUACAAGUACAAAAGACGUCACGACGGCAAGACCCUUUACGCAGCCGCAAAAACCUCCGACCAUAAACACGCCGAGUCUCUCUACAUUGAGUUUCAGAUCUUGUCUGAACUCAAAGGAUGUCCGAGAAUCGUCCAGUGUUACGGGACCGAAGUGCUAGAGAGACGUAACGAAGAAGGUUGCUUGGAGUACAAGAUUCACAUGGAAUACGCACCUGGAGGAAGCUUGAAGAGUUUCUCUAACCAAUUCCAAGACAAGAAGCUGCCUGAUGCUUUAGUCCGAGAUUUCACUCGUAUGCUUCUAGAAGGCUUAGCCACCAUCCACGGACGCGGGUACGUUCACUGCGAUCUCAAACCAGCAAACAUCCUCGUCUUCCCCAGUUAUAUCAACAAGAACGGUGCGUGGAGAUCGUCUCACGAGUUGAAGAUUUCGGAUUUCGGGUUGACGAGAAGAGAUGGAGACAACACCUGGUGGCAACCUCAUCAUCCCUUUGCCGGAACAGCGAUCUACAUGUCUCCCGAAUCGAUUUCUCACGGAGAGACAGGGAAGGGACUUGACUUGUGGUCUUUGGGAUGUAUUGUACUAGAGAUGUACACGGGACAAAGACCGUGGUGGCAUACAGACUACAAACUGAACGAUCUCAAGAACUGCCACGGGCCUUUGAUUCCAAGAGAUCUUCCUUUUGACGCAAAACUCUUUCUGAUGACAUGCUUCUCUCCCGAGGCAGAUGAUAGAAAAGACGCGUCGACUUUGGUGAAUCAUAUCUUCUUGCGUGGAGAUGUUGUUAGUAAGAUCACAGAGUCGUCUCCUAUGAGUGCCAAGACUGGUAGUAACCCGAGGAAUAUCAGUCUGGAGUUGGAGAAACUUAGACAGAGGCUUUCGGAUAUGAGGUCUAUUUUUGUAUAGACUCGUGGAAGUGAAGAGUCAAUGCGUAGGUAGCAAGACCAUGUCGUUAUUGUUCAGCUCAACUUUGAAUUUUUUUCAUUAGUAGAAUUAUGUAACAGUUUUUUUGGUAUAUCACUGAAUUUCAAGGUAUUGUUGUCCAUGUGUUAUGUACGACUUUGUAUUAUUAAGAAAAUCAAUGGAAAUCACAUUGACAAGUUCUAUUACUGAACCUUUUUUUUUGUUCAAGUUUCUAUUACUGAACUUUUUUUUUUGUUCAAGUUUCUACUACUGAACUUUAUGUGAACAACUUGCAAUAGUUUCUCUGCUAUAAUCUUGGUUAAGUAAAAACAUUGAACUCUUUUAGUGAUAUAUCAUAGCUCAGGCCUUCCUUUGUCUCUGGCUCUCUGCUCUUGGUCGCACUUAGUUUAAUCCUAAUUUUUCAACUUAAUUACAACUAACACGGAGUUAAUCAAUUAGCUUCUGCAGGUUCAAACAUAUGGCCCGGUUAAUAAUUGGCACAUCAUAAAGCUCAGUACUAGUAUCUAAUCACCAACAACAUUAAAGGAACCACUUUGUUUUGAUUAAUAAGAACCCUCUAUAUUAGAUUAGAAUAAAAUUUUAGUUACCUAACAAAUGUAUAAAAAUG